AAUAGCACAUGUCAUAGUCUAAUAUAUAAUCUUAUAUAAAAAUAUCACAAAAUAUCCAUGCUAGAGAUCACAUCAAUCACAAAAUGGCAAGUGGCAAAAAAGUUUGCAAUUGUAUGCCCUCCUCGAUUCUAGAUAGCUUUGCUCGGUCAGGAUGCUUACCCUAUCCAAACAAUUCCUUCCCUAGUGUCAGGCAGCUCCAGCACUAACGAUUUCUUUUGUCCCGGCCUAAUCAGUGAUCACCGACCAAGCUCAGCUCAGCACGGCCAUGACCUCAGCCAGCGGCUUUACUCUGCUUCUGCUCUCCCUCCUCGCGCUCCAGGGCACCGGGCGUGCGGGGGCGCAGCGCGAGCGGGGCAGCAGCCUGCCCCGUGGCGCCUCGAUCGCCGUCGAGGACCACGCGGCCGACCUCCUCGUCUCCCCGGACGGCGCGUUCGCCUGCGGCUUCUACGCCGUCUCCCCCACCGUCUUCACCUUCUCCGUCUGGUUCGCGCGCUCCGCAGACCGCGCCGUCGUCUGGACGGCCGCCGCCAGCGCCACAGCGCGCCGCGCCGUCCACAGCCAGGGCUCCCGCCUCGCGCUCGACCGCCGCCACGGCGCGCUCGUCCUCACCGACUACGACGGAGAGGUCGUGUGGAACUCCACCGCCCACGACGGCGCCGCGCGGGCGCGGCUCCGCGACACCGGCAACCUCGCCGUGGAGGACGCCCGGGGGACCGUCCUGUGGAAGAGCUUCGACCACCCCACCGACACCCUGCUCCCCGCCCAGCGCGUCGGCGGCGCCGCGGGGAGCGGUCUCGUCUCCACCAGCAGGCUCCUCGCGGCUGGGCACUACGGCUUCCGGUUCAGCGACUACGCGAUGCUCUCAAUGGUGUACGACGACGGCGGCGAGGUGUCCAGCAUCUACUGGCCCAACCCCUACUUCAGCUACUGGCAGAACAGCCGCAAGAUCUACAAUUUCAGCCGCGAGGCCGAGUUGGAUUCCUCGGGGCAUUUCUUGGCCAGCGACAACGCGACGUUCGAUGCCGCCGAUCUGGGCGAUGCCGGGGUCAGGAGGAGGCUGACGCUGGACACCGACGGCAACCUCCGGCUGUACAGCUUGGACGCCGGCGACGGUGGGGCAUGGACCGUGUCGUGGAUGGCGUUCCCCAACCCCUGCAUCAUCCACGGCGUGUGCGGCAUCAACGCGGUGUGCCUCUACACGCCUUCACCGGCGUGCGUCUGUGCCCCCGGGCACGAGCGCGCCGACCGGAGCGACUGGAGCAGGGGCUGCCAGCCGACGUUCAGCAACUUGACCCUUGGGCGCGACGAGCAGGUCAAGUUCGUGGCGCUGCCGCACACCGACUUCUGGGGCUUCGACCUCAACAACAGCGAGUUCCUGUCGCUGGACGCGUGCGAGGCGCAGUGCACCGGCGAGCCGUCGUGCGUGGUGUUCCAGUACAAGCAGGGCAAAGGCGAGUGCUACCCCAAGAGCCUCAUGUUCAACGGCAGGACGUUCCCCGGCCUGCCCGGCACGGCCUACCUCAAGGUCCCCGCCGGUUUCAGUGUGCCGGAGCUACUGCACAUCCAUCAAUGGCAGACCGACGGCCUCGCCAUCCAGGAGGACAUUGCCGGAUGCGAUGCCGCGGUGCCGGAGGUCCUGCUCAACGUCUCCAGCACGGCGAGGAGCAGCAACCAGGGCAAGUCGCUAUGGUUCUACUUCUACGGAUUCUUGUCCGCGUUCUUGGUCAUCGAGGUGUUUGUCAUUGCGUUUGGGUGCUGGCUCUUCUCCAAGAAAGGGAUACUGUCGAGGCCAUCGGAGCUGCUGGCCGUGGAGGAAGGGUACAGGAUGAUCACCAGCCAUUUCCGGGCAUACAGCCACUCAGAGCUGCAGAAGGCCACCAGGAAGUUCCGCGCCGAGAUCGGGCAUGGAGGUUCUGGCACCGUGUACAAGGGGGUCCUGGACGACGACAGGACGGUGGCCGUCAAGGUGCUGCAGGACGUGAGCCAGAGCGAGGAGGUGUUCCAGGCCGAGCUGAGCGCCAUCGGCAGGAUCUACCACAUGAACUUGGUGAGGAUGUGGGGGUUCUGCUCGGAAGGCGCGCACCGGAUUCUGGUCUACGAGUACGUCCACAACGGAUCAUUGGCAAAUGCGCUGUUCCAAAGCGCCGGAAAUUCCGGCGGGCUGCUGGGGUGGAAGCAGAGGUUCAACAUCGCCGUCGGCGUGGCCAAAGGACUGGCAUAUCUUCACAACGAGUGCCUAGAGUGGAUCAUCCACUGCGACAUGAAGCCGGAGAACAUACUGCUGGACGACGAGAUGGAGCCCAAGAUCACCGACUUCGGGCUGGCCAAGCUGCUCAACAGAGACGGGUCCGACUCGGGCCUGUCGCGGAUCCGAGGGACAAGGGGGUACAUGGCGCCCGAGUGGGUCUCCAGCCUCCCCAUCACCGACAAGGUGGACGUGUACAGCUACGGCGUGCUGCUCCUGGAACUGAUGAAAGGGAAGAGGGUUUCGGAUUGGGUGGUGGAUGGGAAAGACGGGCUUGAGACUGAUGUCAGAACCGUGGCGAAGAUGAUCGUCGACAGAUCCAAGCACGGCGAUGGAGGAUGGGUUGCAGACCUGGUGGAUGAACGCUUGGAUGGAACAAAAGGCCCGGAUGAGGUUCCCGGUGUCAAGAAGCUGAGCAUACUGGACAUUUGGCAGAUCGCCCUCAGUUUGCCAGACGGCGGUGCCGUCAUGGUCGGUAAGGACCAUGUUGCCGUCCUUGCGCAGGGUGAUGGCCGAUCUCCUGGAGUGCACGGGGCGGCCGCGGUUGGCACUCCAGACGACGGUUUGGUCAGGUGUGUCCGAGUACCAGAUGGAGAAGGUGAAGGCACCGCUGUAGAUGCUGUGGAAGCCGCAGGAGAACGUACCGUCGGGUGACCGCAGGAAGCUGGUCUCAUGAUCCUCGACGGCGAGGGAGGACUUCAGAGCUAGCACGUCGCCGGGAGGUGCCACACCCCCAGCACAUACGGCUGGUAGAAGGAGCAAAGAUAGGAGCAGAGCGGGUAGGAAGGGGGUAGCCAUGGUUGGUUGCAGAGAUUAUCUGAGCUGUUACCUGCAGGGCCGGGAUGAGGAUGAGUUGAGUAGGCGAUGAAGUUCCAGAUGCUCCCCCUUGUCUUGGUCAAAUCCACCGGCAGCCAUGGUUGGAAUACAUCUUGUCUGCAUGC